UAGUGAGCGGCACUAAAGACUCAAAGCGCUGUGGCGGAAGUAGAUCCAUGCAAUGCGACAUAAAAAUCUUCUCAAUUUCCGCUCGUACAUAUAGCAUCGACGCAGUGGAAAGCCAGCAAUAUCAAUUGGACCUGGUAUAAACUCUUAAACAUUGGUAUAUAUUCGGGUGUCUUUUCUUCAUACAGUCAUUUCCCAGUCGGAAGCUAAUCCCGAAGGAUGCUUUUCCUGAUUCUGACUUCAACGUUUUUGUUGAUGUGCACCCAUGCAGAGGGAAAGGAUGUUUAUAUAACGAGAUCUAACUCCCCCGUAUGCCCCCCGCGGGCGGUGUGUGGGGAUGUGUUUGAGUUUGACCGGAGGAGAGACGAUGGGACCGUGGAACCCGAGAGGAGACACAUUACUAAUUGUUUCUGUAACAACACCAGGUCCUGUAACUUCAACAGAGGACACAUGAUCUACCAGAGCAGAACACAGAGGGAGGUGUUGUGUGAGCCUGUGGACCGGUUGCCCACCUGUAGACCGGGGAUGAUCGCUCGUCGUAUGUAUGUGGACUCCAUGGACUUCAACGACAAAUCAUACUAUGAAGUAAGAUGUAUUUGUCCAUUGAACAUAGUACCAAGUUCUCGGCCCCGCGUGAAGGCUACAGUGUACCGUAACCUCCAGUUUGAAGGCUUUGACAGGAUCUAUAACUAUAAGUGUAACGAACAGGACGUAGAGGAGGAAUAACGUACAAACUACAGAAAAGACGAAGGUGGAAGAAACGAGACUAGUCAGCGUCAGACAUGAUGCACUUUCCAGAUAUUGGUGAAAAUGAAAGCAACAUUGUAAACUUACUUUUGUUGUUGACAAUCUAUUGUUUAAUUUCAUAAGUGUUCAUAUGACCACGCUAUUUCCAACUGAGCUUUACAUCAGAGUAAAUGCUGAAUUUCAUUGUUUUUCAUUUUAAUACAUUCCUCUGCAACAUAUGUGAGUAUUUUUAAAGGCUAAUCUUAUUUUGAAUAUUUUUUAAACGGAAAGAAAUUAUUGUAUAGAUUAUUUUAAAGCUUAUUCUACAUGAUCUGGAAUGCUUUUACGUGAAUUUGAAGAAUAUUUUAUUUCCAUAAAUAAUUUAAAACAUUCUGAUCAGCAUGAUAUUCACAUACAUUGUAUAUGUAUUCUGUGUCAAUUAUCAUUAUCAACAUCAAUGCAAAAACUUUAAAAAUG